CAGACCUGCACACUACAGGACUAGCAACAUGGAGAGAAUUUCUUUUGCGAUACUUAUUUUACACAUCUCCUUUAGUCAGGCAUCACAAGCUGUGAGUGCAGUGCAAGCACAACGAAGGAAUGAGCUCAAACUGCCAUGCAGUGAGAAGCAUGCGGACAGGACAGUAUGGUAUGGACAGAAGUGCAAUGAGCACCCCUUCAUCAUCAUCGCUGUCAUUGGCACAGAUCGAACUCAAACGGAUCCAAUAUUCAUUCAAGGUCAUGACUCAAGAUUUGAAUUGAAAUGGGAGUCAAAUACAGCGUCAUUUGGCCUGACAAUCAAGAAUUUUACAGAUGCUGAUCAAGGAUUCUACUACUGCAGUGUAGGAGAUGGUAGUUACACAAUGAUUGCAUCUGGAUACACUGUGACCCUUGAAGAGGAGGUAAACACACCCACAAAGCCCUCAGUCCCGGCAAAUGCAAGUGUCACGUUGGAAUUACGUCAAGAAAAUGGACACCAGCAUUGGCAAAGACAGGCUAUUUGGCCUUUAGUCUCUCUUAUCGUGUCUGGAAUAGCGUUGUUGGGUAUUUAUCAAAUACAAAAGCAACCGAGGAGGAAAAAGCAAACAACACAUGAUGAAAUUAAGCAACAUGAAGGAGUUUACACAACAGUUUACUUCACAUCAUGUUGAACAGAAUUUCUUCUUUGCCAUCAAAAUUUUGCAAGACAAAGCUUCAGUGUUUCAAUGAACCUUAAAUAAAAGUGAGAUCUUUCAACACCACAGGUUUUAACAGUGCUUAACGUCAUUAAUACAUACAUCUGAUAUGUGUGUGUGUGUGUGUGUUCUAUUGAAAUCAGUGACUACAGUCAACUAUAAGACUGUAUUAUUGUACCAUUAUGUAAUUAUGUAUGUAAUCAUUACUGUGUUUAAAUUCCAUAGUAACUGUGACAGGAAACAAAGCUCAAAACAAAAGGGCAUGAAACAAAAGUGUGUGUGUGUAAAGAAAAAAUGAGAGAGGAACAGAUAUGUUCUUUCACACCUUCUAACCUCAAAUGUUCCAACCACAAUUCUGAUGCAGCUGCCCAGUAGCUUUUACAGAAAAGCAAACCUGAGGAAAUGACACAUUAACCUCUCUGAAUUCCAGGACCGCCGUGAUUGGAAGACAAGAC